AUGAGACAGUUUUAUUUUGGAUUGAUAUUUAUAGUCUGUACACCUAUUAAAGAAGCUUAUUCUUUAUCUUCAGGAAAUGUACUAAGUAGUUUCUCAUCAUAUUUUCACAAUCUAAGCUAUGAAAAAAAACAAUCAGUUGUGAGUGAAGCACUGCAAGAGCUACAAAUGGUAUUUCCUCAAGGAUUAGAUGUUGAACAAAUACCCAUUGAUUCAAAUUUAGAAGCAUGCCAAGCUGCAUUAAAAAGAUCUGUAUUUCAAAAUCAUGAAUGGUAUAGUUUAGCAAUGGGGCAAUUUACUCAGCUAAAAUUUUAUAAUCUAUUUAUAAAUGAAAAAGUAUCUACAGAAAUUCAAUCUGCACUACUUGCAGCUCAACAAAGUUCUAUUAAUAAUGCAUGUCCAACUAUUAAUCAAAAUGAAAUAAUUAUUCAAGGUGUAUUAUAUACUUCGGAACAAAUUAGUUCAAUUCUAGAAGAAAGUAAAAUUCUUAAGACAGAAAAUGUACAAUUAAGAAAUUCAAUUGCCAAACUCCAGAAUGACUUACAACAAUCAAUUAGGAAUAUAGAAGAACUAAAAUUAGAGGCACAAGCCGCUAUUCAAGAAUCUAAGCGUAUGAAAGUUGAUCUGGUUACAAUGUCACAGAAGCUUAAGUUAGUAAAAGCUAAAGAAGAGAACCUUAAGAAGGCACUUUAUUAUGCCCAACGUGGUAUACUUAGCAAAGUUAAAUCUGCACUCACAAAGCCACUAAGGAAUUCGAAGAUAAAGAAGGUAUUGGGAUCUGAGAAAUAUAAGGAAUAUCAGAAGAAUAAACAACAUGAGCAUAAACAAGUUAAGCAAUUGGGUAAGCAAGUCAAGAACGAGGUUUCAAAAAAAAAGAAAGAGAGAAGAAAGAAAAUGAUUGAAAGAAAGAACUUACCAUUAGGGUUGACAUCUGUAGAAUCUAGUAUUAUUGAACAAAGAGAAGCAAGUCGAUCUAUUGAACCUUCUCAAUCUGUUCAUUCUUCUAAUAUGAUUACAGAUUCAUCUCGAUUUUUUGAAUCUUCAAUGUCACCAAGUAUGUGA